AUGAGUCAAACCAUAUGCGAAUGGUUGCAGCAGAGCAGAGUUUAUUUGUGUAGUGGAAUAAAGUGUUUUGUGCGCUGUAAUCGUGUGGCGCAAAUGUUACGAAAACCGAUACGUUCACGUAGUGGACGACUCCGUAGCGACAGCGACGCAGGUACGCCAGUUCGUGGAUCUUCGCGAGCGAUUCUACGAGUCGCGUCACGAAGUCGCACACGUGUCGACGCUGCACCGUUGGCGACUCCUGAAGAAGAUUGUCGUCGAACGUUUGAACUAGGAAUAGAAAUUGGACGACGUCUUGGAAGAAGUAUAGGCAGAUUUGAACGACGACAUUCGUUGGGUCGCGAAAAACCCCGAAAAACAGUUAUAUCAAAGGAACACCAUUCAGCGGUUGAAUUUACCGAUAUUGAACCACCACAUGAAAUAUAA